AUGGAUUUAGAUAACCGCUGCCCCUUCCAGCCUCUAGGGCGACAAAGCCCGUCGAGCAUGGAUGUGAGCAUGGAAACUUUUGCGUUUUUUUUUGCCCGACCUCAAGGCUCACGCCUCGCAAAGCCUCCUGGCUGCUCUUUUAGCCUGUCCAAAUGUAGACUCGUUGCCGAACUGAGGCGGUCCGAGCCACUCAACCCAAAGCCCCCACCCGUGACGGAACGCCUCAGCCGUGGCGGCAACGUUUCUUCCUCUUCUCUCAACUACCGCGACUACAGUACCGUCAUGCUUCGGGUAUUUCGUCUGUAG